GUCCAUUUGAAAAAUCCGUUGUCCUCGAGACCGGAGGGAAAGUUCGAACUUGGAACUGAGGAGAAGGAUCUCAGAAAAGAAGAGUUGAAAUAAUAACAAACAACAACAAUUCACCAUGAUAAGACCUACUAAGGGCAAAACCCCACGUAGACCUGCUCCCAAAAAGCCACCCAGCAACCAGAAAGACCCGGUUGGGGUGUACUGCCGUGUACGACCCCUGGGUGUAGAAGAUGAGGAAUGUUGUAUCGAAGUAAUCAGCAACACCACCAUUCAAUUGCAUGCCCCUGAUGGGCUGAAAGCCAACAGGAAUGGGGAGUUUAAAGAGACACAGUAUUCUUUCAAGAAGGUGUUUGGAAUUAGCACAUCCCAGAUGGAAUUGUUUGAGGACGUUGCCAAACCUCUUGUGGAUGACCUCAUUCAUAGUAAAAACGGCCUAUUGUUUACUUACGGUGUCACAGGAAGUGGGAAGACUUUUACAAUGACUGGUUCUCCAGGGCAGGGGGGUCUUCUCCCCCGGUCUCUUGACAUGAUCUUCAACAGCAUAGGCCCAUACCAGGCCAAGAGAUUUGUUUUCAAGACGGAUGACAAGAAUGGUAUGGAGGUCCAGACUCAGGUUGACGCUCUGCUUGAAAGGCAAAGGAGAGAAAACCAGUCAUCUGUUCCCAAAACCCCUUCCUCCAAACAAAGGCUGGAUCCGGAGUUUGCCGACAUGAUCAAUCCAGAGGAGGCCUGCAAAGCUGAAGGUGUUGAUGAGGACAGCAGCUACAGUGUGUUUGUGUCCUACAUUGAGAUCUACAAUAACUACAUCUACGAUCUUCUGGAGGAAGCACCAUUUGAGCCAAUCAGACCAAAGUGGAAUGGUGGAGGCACUCCUCUGAGGCAGAACACUGAGUUCAUACCUCCGCAAUCCAAAAUCCUCAGAGAGGAUCAGAACCACAACAUGUAUGUGGCCGGAUGCACAGAGGUUGAGGUGAAGUCCACAGAGGAAGCAUUUGAGGUUUUCUGGAGAGGCCAAAAGAAAAGGAGGAUUGCCAACACUCAGCUAAACAGAGAAUCCAGUCGUUCCCACAGUGUGUUCAUCAUCAAACUAGCACAGGCCCCCCUGGAUGCAGACGGAGAUAACAUCCUGCAGGAUAAGAGCCAGGUGAAUGUGAGUCAGCUGUGUCUGGUGGACCUGGCAGGCAGCGAGCGCACCAGCAGGACUCGGGCCGAGGGCAGCCGCCUGAGAGAAGCAGGUAACAUCAACCAGUCCCUGAUGACUCUGAGGACUUGUAUAGAGGUUCUUAGGGAGAACCAGAUGUGUGGCACAAAUAAGAUGGUUCCCUAUAGAGAUUCAAAAGUGACACACCUGUUCAAGAACUACUUUGAUGGAGAGGGAAAAGUCCGGAUGGUGGUCUGUGUCAAUCCCAAAGCGGAUGACUAUGAGGAAACCAUGCUGGUGAUGCGGUUCGCCGAGAUGACCCAGGAAGUGGAGGUGGCGCGGCCGGUGGACAGACCCAUCUGUGGCUUUGCUGCCGGGCGGCGGCAGAAGAACCAGGCCUUCAAGGACGAGCUCUCCAGGCGUCUGGAAGAGAGAGGCGGCCCUUUAGACGGAGCCCCCUCUGUGAUGAACGAGCUGCUGCAGAGCUUCCCCCCGCUGCCCGCCUGCGAGCUACUGGACCCUCACGAUGACGUCACCCUGCCCAGGAUCAUCCAGGUGCUGGAACAGAGGCAGCGGAUCCGGCACAGGAUGACCGAGGAGUACCACAAAGCCGCCAAAAUGAUGAAGUCCAUGCUGCAGGAGUUGGACAGCAACCUCAUCACCAAAGAGAACUUCAUCCAUGAUCAGAGGGGCAAACUGGGAGAGAAGGACAAAAUCAUCCAGAACCAGAAGGCUGAGAUGGAGCGUCUGGAGAAGAAGGCCAAGAUGCUGGAGUACAAGAUCGACAUCCUUCAGAAGACCACCAACAUCUACGAGGAAGACAAGCGCUCCCUGCAGCAUGAGCUGGAGAGCCGGGAGCAGAAGUUCCUGAGGGAGCUGUCUGAGAAGAAGCGCAUGGAGGCCCGCAUGCAGGGCAUGGUGUCAGACACCAAGCAGAAAUGGGAGAAAGAAUGCGAGAGGCGUGUGAACGCCAAGCAGCUGGAGAUGCAGAACAAGCUGUGGGUGAAGGACGAGAAACUGAAGCAGCUCAAGGCCAUCGUGACUGAGAGCAAGUCUGAGAGGCCUGAGGCGCCCCAGCGCCCGUCCCGGGAGAGGGACCGACUUCCUGCCAAGAGAUCUGCGUCGCCCUCCCCUGUUCCUACUGCAGCUCCGGUGCGGCCGCUGCACAGGCGCUCGCACUCUGCUGGAGGGGAGAGGUGGGUGGACCACAAGCCCUCCUCCAACGUGGAGCUGGACACGGUCAUGCAGCCCAUCCUCCACAACGCCAUCAAGGUGUCCACCCCCAGCGAGAAGGCCUUGUCCAAGUGUGACAAGUAUGUGCUGACUCACCAGGAAGUGGCUUCCGAUGGAGAGAUCCAGACCAAGCUGAUCAAGGGCGAGGUGUUCAAAACCAGAGGCGGUGGACAAGCAGUCCAGUUCACUGACAUUGAAACUCUGAAACAGGAGCUCCCAUCUGGCCCCAGUCGCAAGAGGAGGUCAUCUGAGGGCAAACCUGCCCAGGAGAAUGAGCAUGUGGAGGGAGACUGGACAGACGUGGAGACCAGGUGCUCUGUCGCUCUGGAGAUGAGAGCUGGGUCGAACAUGGGGCCAGGAUACCAACACCACGGGUAUCCUAAACGCAGGAAGCCGUAACAGCCUGGUCAUGGUUCUGCAACACACUCCAUGCCCGACUGCCCACGUGCAAUACCACACAUUUAACUUUGAAAUAUUGCUGCAGUAUCACUAUUUAAACAAUUUUCUAUGCUUUUAUAUAAUAAUGUAUAUAUUGUUCACUGAGACUAUUUUGUCACAUGUUUUAUAGUUUGGUGUGCUCACAAAAAGUGUUAAUGUAUCAUGAUUCAGCCAAAGACUUGUUAAGUUGUAUUGCCCAGUGACCAACAAAAUGUUUUGCAUUUGUAUACUUAGGGUUGGCAACCAAACGUGGUUGCAUGGCACAUAAGUAGAGUUGAAGGGGAGGUCAAUAAGAUGACCCCUUUGUUUGUUAUUAUUCUCCUUGUGUCAAAAUUCAUGUUCAGGUUAACUUUUUGAAUCAGCAGGUGUUUCAUUUUUACAUUUUCUCUGUUCAUGUGUGAAGAUUUAAUCUUAGGAGCUGAGCUGCACAGCCUUUACUGUACUCUACUGUAGGAAUUCAAUAAAUUCCUUUUGUAUCACCA